AUGCCACCUUCGACAGAUGAAGAUGAAAAUAAUAUAAAAAGAAAACGUAGUUCUUUAAUAAACAUCAACAUUUCAGCGGCUAAGAAGAAAAAAAGAAUUAAAAGAUUUGAACGAAUAAACACAAUUUUGUCGACUCAUUCUGAAGAUGAAACAGGUAAUAUUAUAACAACUUGCGCUAUUAUUGAAACUCCUAUUGACCAAGUCUCACCAGUUAACCCUGAUAGAAGAAUUAUGGAACAUAAUUUCACAAUCGCUGAAACAAGAGAUUCAGAAAUAGAAACAGAAAGUACGGAAAAAGAAAUCUGUCAAAAAUGCACAGAAAAGUUUACACAAACGAGCGUGAGAAAAUUUGCAAAUCCUAUUAGUCUAUACAAGAUUUUAAGCUGCAAAAAGUGUUUGCUUGCUUGCUUGCUUAAGCGCAUCAUCAUUAAGCCAGUGCAGACUACAAGAAAAUCUGUACCGAUCGACAACCAAAGAAGUACUAGCAGAGAAUACGGUUUCUUUAAAAAUAAGACUGUAUUUGAACGAGUAUGCAAGAACUGUUUUAUGUCCACUCUUUACAUUUCUAGUGGCCCAAUCGAAACUGCAGUAAAACACGUGGAUGAUCAUGGUGUAUUUACAAAAAUGGAGCAUCGUGGCAGACAAGCGCCUGCAAACAAAACUCCUGAAGAACAGUGCCUCGCGCACGAAACAUUUUCGAAUGCGUAUCGUAAACGUAUCGAGUUCUCGAUACGUUAA